AUGGAGGAAGAUUGCUGCGCCACGCAACUCAUCUAUGGAGAUGGUAAGUUUAAUGCUGAUGGGCUCGACAGGUUCGUCAAGGAAGUGAAGCUUGCUGAGUGUGGAGUCUCCUAUGGUGUUGUAGCUAUCGUGGGUCCUCAGAGCAGCGGGAAGAGCGCUUUACAGAACCAUCUGUUCACUACAAAGUUUAAGGAGAUGAAUGCAAACAGUGGAAGGAACCAAACUACGAAGGGUAUAUGGAUAGCAAAGUGUGUUGGCAUUGAGCCUUGCACGAUUGCCAUGGAUUUGGAGGGUACUGAUGGCAGGGAGAGAGGCCAGGAUGAUACAUUCAAGAAGCAAAGCACCCUAUUUGCUCUGGCAGUUUCAGACAUUGUGCUGAUAAAUAUGUCUCUUGACGGGCAAGACAAACCUUUUCUUGAAACAUUUUUUCAGGUUGUGAUGAGCUUUGGCAUCCCCCGUAAAACGACGUUAUUGUUUGUAAUACACGAUGAUUCAAAGACCCCGUUUCAACAUUGGCACCCUGGUUCGAGGAAAUUUAUACUGAAUGUAUUAUUCGGUAAAGCGCUAGAGGAGAUAUGGAAUGGAGUUCCGAAGCCCCAAGCCCAUAAAAGUACCCGCUUCAGUGAUCUCUUUAGUGAAGAAGUAGUUGUUAUGUCUAGUUAUGAAGAGAAGGAGAAGUUUAAGGAGGAGGUUGCUCAACUGAGGCUGCGGUUGUCCCAUUCUAUUUCUCCAGGUGGGUUUGCUGGUGAUAGAAGGGGUCUUGUCCCUGCCUCAGGAUUUUCCUUUAGUGCACAACAGAUUUGGAAAGUAAUCAAAGAGAACAAGGACCUGGAUCUUCCCGCUCACAAGGUUAUGGUUGCCACUGUUCGGUGUGAAGAGAUUGCAAACCAGAUAUUCAAUCAAUUGAUAUAUGAUAAGGGUUGGUUGGCAUUGGAAGAAGCUGUCCAAACUGGUCCUGUACAAGGUUUUGGUAAAAGGCUCAGCUCCAUUCUAGGCACCUAUCUUUCUAAAUAUGACAUAGAGGCCAUCUACUUUGACGGAGGUGCAAGGAACUCAAAACGACAACUUUUGGAGUCAAAAAUGUUGGAUUUUGUUUACCGUGCAUACACGACCAUGUUGGGACAUGUACGUUCCAAAGCGCUUGAAGCUUUUAAAGUGAGGCUGGAGCAAUCAUUAAACAAAGGAAGAGGAUUUGCUACAUAUGCUCGUAUCUGUACUCACUCUUCCAUGCUUGAGUUUGACAAAGGAUGUGCAGAUGCUUCCGUAAUACAAGCUAAUUGGGAUGCUUCAAGAGUUCGCGAAAAACUUCAACGUGAUAUAGAUGCACAUGCAUCAUCCGUUUGUAGUGCAAAGUUGUCAGAAUUGAAUGUCAACUAUGAGCAACAACUGUCUGCAUCUUUAACUGGACCAGUAAAGACUCUACUUGAAACUGGUGGAAAAGACACUUGGGCUUCAAUAAGAAAACUUCUUAAUCGUGAAACUGUAGUUGCUAUAUCAGAGUUUUCAACUGUAGUUGCCGAUUUUGAGUUGGACGAAGCAACAAUUGCCGAAAUGUUGCAACAUUUAAGGGAUUACUCAAGGAAUGUGGUGGAGAAAAAAGCAAGGGAAGAGGCAACGAAAAUUAUGAUCCACAUGAAGGAUCGGUUUUCCACAGUCUUCAAUUAUGACAGCGAUUCAACGCUUCGGGUUUGGACUGGUAAAGAAGACAUUACAAGUAUUACCAAGGAUGCUCGCUCUGCGUCUAUGAAGCUUUUGUCCGUCAUGGCUGCCAUCCGCUUGGAUGAGAAGCCAGAUCAUAUUGAAAAAGUUCUCUUUUCCUCUCUAAUGGAAGGAGCUGUUACUGUUUCAUCUUCACAAGAUAGGGAAAUCGGAGCCUCUGUAGACCCUCUCGCCUCAAGCAAUUGGGAAGAGGUUUCUUCAAAGAAUACCUUAAUUACACCAGUGCAGUGCCAGUCCUUGUGGAGACAGUUCAUAGCGGAGACUGAGAAUAGUGUCACUCAAGCUAUUUCAGCACAUGUUAUGGCUGCUACUGCUCGGUGUGAAGAGAUAGCCAACCAGAAAUUCAGUCAAUUGAUCCUCGAUGAGGAUUGGUUGGCACUGGAAGAAGCUGUCCAAAUUGGCCCCGUACAAGGUUUUGGUAAAAGGCUCAGCUCCAUUUUAAGCACCUAUCUUUCUAAAUAUGACACAGAGGCCACCAUCUACUUUGACGAAGGUGCAAGGAACUCAAAACGACAACUGUUGGAGUCAAAAGCGUUGGAUGUAUGGCUACUCUCUUCGUCUCUCUAA